GAAUUGAGUCAACUCGGUGAUAUUUUUGAAGAUGACACAUGAUGUAUGGAACAGUUAACAGAAUGGAUGCCUACGAGCUGAGCUAUUUUAAAAUAACGCUGAUUAAUGGCUGGUGUGUGGGGGGAAAGCUCUUAUCUUACUUGUACUUGUCCUACUUGAUUUGAGCGCUGUGCCUUUAAAGGAACGAACUGCUCCGUCGUUAAGUCCCAACUGUCGACCCGGCGGCCACGUACGGCUCGGUGCCCCAGCGGUUCUCCGGCGGUUUGGGUUAACUUCUAAGGGCUAAACGUGGCGACGUUAAUCACAGUCCAGCUGUUUUUGACUGCUUUCUAGUAGUUUUUCUUUCAGAGGUGCGAAAGACAAAGUUUUUGAAUGAAGCUGUAAAGCAGCAGCAGCAACAGGAGGAGGAGGGGGCGGUUUGUGGGGUCGUCCGGGGGUAUCGGAUCUGGGAUCGGCUCACAUUUAUAACCAGACGGACGGCGGCUUCUUUGGGGCAGAGCUGAGUUUCACGGACGGACGGUUUCACCGAGGAGGACGUGGAGCUCGAACUGUUUAAAGGACGGGGGAAAGGUCGGAAAUAUCAGGCGGGGGGGAAAAGUUUAUUUUCUUCCCUCAACACUGCGAGCUGUUGGACUACUGACUGUACAGUUUGCGGAUAUUUGUGUUUAAGCUAGGCUAGAUACAACUACUUGUAACUUUACUGAAGCAGAGCCGAUACGCCUUUUUAAAAAUGGAUAAAUACGAGGAUUUAGGGCUCGAGGCGAGCAAGUUUAUCGAGGACCUAAACAUGUAUGAAGCAUCCAGGGAUGGCUUGUUUCGAAUGAGGAGGGAUGCGGGAAAUAACCCCGACUUUGAAGAGACGAGGAGAGUUUUUGCCUCUAAAAUGACUAAAAUACACAUGCAGAAACACCAGGAGGAGAUGGCCAGAAACAACGAGACCAUUAAAAUGAACGGAGGUCACAGCAGCAUGCAUUACACCAAAGACAGACCGCCCAUCAACAGUUACAGACAGCCGGGUGAAGCUGCUGCGAAGCCCCCACUACUAUCUGGCCCUGUGCCGAGCGCCGCUGCUGGGAGUCAGUAUGCACAGUUUGAUGGCCAGAGACACCACACGGGUAUCCAGUCUGAACUUCCUACCGGCAGGGCUUACGAGUACGGAAACAAUUACGACAGUAAGGAGCGCUUGGAGCCCCAUUCAUAUCAGCAUACCACCCCUUCCCCGCCUAGCUCUGGAAACCCUUCUCAUGCGCGUCAUCCAGUGAGCCAGCCGCCUGCUUGGGCCCCAUCCAGAGACAGCCAGCCUGCCCCAUCUUUGUCUGGGUCUGGGAGCGGCAGUGCAUCCCAGCACCUAUCCCAGGCACCUUCUACCUUCAACAGUCUUCCAUCCCAGCAGAAUCAGACCAUUUCUUCACCUGUCAAUAGAAGUCCACCAUCUCCUGCUGGGCCAGUUAAAGGAUGGGUCGGAGAGCCCUCUGGCUCAGCAAAACCAGACCUGGCCCCUAUCCUGCCUCUGAGUGCCUUCACAGGAGGAGCUGAAUUGCAUGUGCAGCAGCCCUCCACCAAGCCUGUGUCCCAUUACACACCACCGCCAAUUUCUAAACCAUCUGCCAGCCAUAAUGGUCCUGUGGCAGCCCCCUCUGUCCUUUCUACAACUUCUGAAAUGCCUCAGCCCAAAGCCCAGGUGACAUCUUCUGCUGUAAACCUCAGCAGUGUCUCCAAAAGCAUCAUCCAGGGUCAAGGUCCGAUCCAAAUGCCUGCCUGUGGACAGACCACCAGUGCUGAAACUGAAGUCCCGGGCUCCUCUAAGCCUGUCCAGCUACCCUGUCAGUCCGUCCUCACACAUCCACCUGAACAAAGUCCUUCAGCAGCUGAAAUAAAAUUAGAAGCCCUCACUAAGCGACUGGAAAAAGAGAUGGAUGCCCAGCCAAAGGCUGACUACUUUGGACUGUGUGUGAAGUGUAAUAAGGCAGUGUAUGGAGCCAAUCAAGCCUGCCAGGCUAUGGGUAGCCUCUACCACGACAACUGCUUCACUUGCAGCGCCUGUAGUCGACGAUUGAGAGGGAAAGCUUUCUACUAUGUUGGAGGGAAGGUUUUCUGUGAAGAAGACUUCCUGUAUUCUGGUUUCCAGCAGUCUGCAGACAAGUGCAACGCCUGCGGACACUUGAUCAUGGACAUGAUCCUGCAGGCCCUCGGUAAGUCGUACCACCCAGGCUGUUUCCGCUGUGUCAUCUGUAACGAGAGCCUUGAUGGAGUGCCCUUCACUGUGGACACUGAAAAUAGGAUCUACUGUGUCAAAGACUACCACAGGGUCCUUGCACCUAAAUGUGCUGCCUGUAACCAGCCAAUCCUGCCCUCAGAGGGGUCUGAUGAAACCAUUCGAGUAGUAUCCAUGGACAAAGACUAUCAUGUUGAUUGUUAUCACUGUGAGGACUGUAAGAUGGAACUGAACGAUGAGGAAGGUCACCGCUGUUACCCGCUGAACGGCCACCUUCUCUGCCACUCCUGCCACCUGAAGCACAUCCAGCCUGGCCGCUCCUCUUCAGUCGCUGCCGCCUCCUACUAACAGCGCUCCAGGUGGUGGGAGACACCUGAUGGAUCAAAGAAGGAACUGCAAAAUAUGGACUUCGGGAAUUUAUUUGCAAUUCUUGUUGUAAAGGAUUGAGACGUCCUGAAAUAUAGUUUGAUAUGUAUAUUGACAGGAAUGUCAGUGACGUGUCCUUUAUGCAGAAUCCAAUAAUGAAGUACUGCAAUGCACCAAACUCUACUUCAAAUGAAGCAUUGCAUACAGACUUUCCAGAAGUGCUGUCAUAUUAUAAAUUUUCUUUGUGUAAAUAUGAAAUGCCUUGGUUGUGUAAAAAUUCUAGACUGUGUGCCUUCAACUUUGCCUCCACACUUCUGCUGUUAAUUUCAACAUUUAGUUACAUCAUACAAUAACUUAUACACAUCUGUGUCACAUGAGCAUAAAACAAUACUUAAUUCCAGGGGUAUAAGAGACGGGCAUCACGGCACUGAAAGAAUCCUGAAUUGGAAUCUAUGGAAUAAUUUGGCAAAAUCAAAGAUUACAGUGGAAGUAUAACUGAGGGGGAAGUUUUUUUUUUAACCCUUAUUUUGGGAUAAAUCCUGCUAACAUUUAAAUCAAUGGGCUUUUUUUGUUUGUUUGUUUGUUUUUCAUUUAAAUGUCCCAGUGACCACUGAAAUUAAAGCUAAUUUACAGGAUCCUUCAAAAUAAUUUCCCAAAUGUGUUUUAUCAAGUGAGAGACUUGGUUAUACUGUUAGUCUGUUCUAAGCACAUGGAGAAAUAAAAGUGAGUUUUCUAUGCACCUAUGAGAAUGCUGGUAUUAGAACUGUAGAUCAUUGCAUAAUUUUUUUUAUAAAUAUUUAUAUAUACUGUAGCCCUAUAAUCAUUUGUCUGUUUUAUUUUUGGGCAAUUCCCCUUUAAAUAGUUAUUUCUCUUCCAGAACAUUUUCGGUUUGAUACUUUUUGCCAUCCAUAUUUUAUUCAUAUACUAACUUAAUACUUGCUUGCUUGACAUUUGCAGUCCUUAUUUUGUAACCAACUGUAGAUGAAGAGAAACAUUUGUAUGUUCUGUUUGAUUGUUGUAAAGGAAAUAUUUAAUUAAUAAAAUACAACAAGCCAAAUUUGAUUUAGACUAUUAAAUUGCUAUUGCAGACCCUUUAA